UAUAUGUGAGACGUCGCAACGGCACAGACGUGAUCGUCCAGAGCGGGGAGAUUACACCUUCAUCCUUCUUCUCACGACAGGAAACUACGUCAGAUAGAGACAUUGAAGAGAGUUCGAUUUGAACGCUGCCACGAUGGCUGUCAACGUGUUCAUUACCAACACCAACGUGCGCAACAUCAGCCGUAACGACAUCCUCGACUGGGUCAACAACAGUCUGAAGGUCAACUACACGAAGGUGGAGCAGCUUGGUACAGGAGCCGCCUACUGCCAACUGAUGCACAUGAUGUGGUCACAUUGCAUACCACUGAGGAAAGUAAAGUUCAACUCUAAACUUGAACACGAGUACAUCAACAACUUCAAACAACUCCAGAACAGUUUCCACGUGAUGGGGUAGGUCAGAUUGUUCCGGUGGAUAGAUUGCUUAAAAUGAAAUUUCAAGACAAUUUUGAGUUUGCACAAUGGUUUAAAAAGUUUUUC